CUAUCGAAAAUUUUUACCCCACGGUCGAUAAAACACUUUCGUUGCUUUUUUCCACAGUCGUGUACAAAAAAAAAAAAACAGAACAAGAACGAGUAGGAAAAAAGCAAAUAAAACGAAAUUACAUAGAGCAGAGUGCAUCCAGUGGAGUGUCUGGUCUUGUUUCCCGUGGAGUGUGCGAUUAGUGUGCGAUUGUCGGAAAGUGUGUGCCACAAAUAUGCCCAGUACGAAAAAGUGGCCAGCAAAAGCAAUAACAAAAUAGCAAAAGCAACAGCAACAACGCAACGUGUGUGUGUGUGUGUGUGUGUUGUAAGCGUAUCAGUACAGCGGAAAAGUGCUCGUGUGUUGGUGUUCUCGGGGGGUGGUGUGCGUUUCGCCCGUCCCGUGUCCAUAAAUUAGAAUCAAAUCGAAUCGACAUUGGCAAUCCGCUACCAGCUCCGCCACCGCGAUGUCCCUCGACCAGGAUCAAUAGCCACCGUCAUCAUCGCUCAUCGCCUUCUUCAGCAGCAGCGGACCAUUAAGUUUUCCAUAUCGAGAGAAUCGAAAUCGGAAUCUAUACAUCGGAGGAGGAAUCACGCGCGCCAGCCAACCCCAAUACGGAAAACUGCUGAAAAAUAGCCCGCAGUAGCAGUCGAAUCACCAUCACCAGCGAAGCGAGCGAGGAGCAGGAGGAAGGCGGCGGAGGAGGAGAAGAGGCAGAAGGAGGAGGAGAAGGAGAAGGAUCCACCGCAGAGAUUGGGUAAAGCGCGCCACCAUGGUGAGUACCAAUCUGGUGGUGCCGGUGGUGUUGUGGGGACCCACAGCGCCCACGCACUGCAUCUCAAGCGUGUUCCUCUCCGACGACCAGUUCACCCUGGUUACCGGAUGCUACGAUGGACAGAUUUGCCUAUGGCAGGUGGAGCCCACCACCCUGAAGAUGUCGCCGCGCUGCCUGCUGGUUGGCCAUUCGGCUCCGGUCUUGUGCCUGGUGCGUGCCUCGCUCCUGCCGGAGAACAACUUCCUGGUCAGCUCGUCCGAGAACGGCGAGAUGUGCACCUGGGAUCUCACGGACGGCAAGUGCAUGGAGGCGGUCAAGCUGCCCCAAGUGCACACCCAAAUUCAGAGCUAUCACACGGCCAACAGCGAGGAUGUGCGCCUCUUCUGCAUUGGCUACUACGCCGAGAUCAUGGUCAUGGAUCCCUUUAGCCUGGAGGUGAUCUACGUGCUCAGCUCAAAGGUCAAACCGGAUUGGAUUUCCGCCAUUCACGUACUGCGUCCCAUGCGCCGCAAGGAUGACGUAGUGCUGGCCAUCACCACCACGGGAACGGUAAAGGUGUGGACCCUGACAGGCAACGAGAACAAGCAUGCGGAGCCCAUCUACGAGAACGAGUCCAAGGAGAUCCGCUGCCUAAAUGCCAUCACCAUGAAUUGCUGUGCCCAGAACCAGCGCACCGUUCUACUCGUUUGUACCAAAUACUGGCAGAUUUACGAUGCCGGCGAUUUCACUGUGCUUUGUUCUGUGAUUGCACCGGCGAGAGAGCGUUGGCAGGGCGGGGAUUUCAUCACCUCGGACCGGGUUAUGCUCUGGACGGACGAGGGCAAGGGCUACCUUUAUAAGCUGCCCGCCAACUGCAUACCGGACAACAAGGAGUUUCACUCGAAGAGCGUGGUCAGAGAUGCCCCGUAUCUGUACUAUGUAUUGCAGCAUGCGGGCGACAAGGUGUUGUCGUGCCCACCAGCCAUGAAGCUGCUCCAGGGCACCGGUGGUCAGCACAAUCUAUUGCGCGGCGACUCCGAGGGAUACAUCUCCGUGUGGAAUGUGCCAGAGGUGCCGCUGGACAAUAUUAGCAUACUGCAGGCCAAGCAAAUGCCGCCACGCGUCCUCAAGCCGCAUGUGUGCACUUCCCUAGUGGAGGCGUGGUCCAUAAUGGAUCCACCACCCGUGGGCAUCCUCGAUCAGCUGUCCCGCAUCACGGAGUCGCCGGUGAAGCUCACCUCGAGUAUCUAUCUGCCGCAGCAGAGUCGCCUGGUGAUCGGACGCGAGGAUGGCAGCAUAGUCAUUGUACCAGCCACUCAGACGGUGAUGAUGCAGCUUUUAGUGGGCAUCAAGCAGAACUUUAGCGACUGGCCCUCGCAUCAGAUCCUGUACGGUCAUCGUGGCAGGGUCAACUGCCUGCUCUGUCCCUCGAUGAUUCACUCGAGGUAUGAGAAAUCCCAUCUGCUCUCUGGUGGAAUCGAUUUCGCCGUAUGCCUGUGGGAUCUGUACAGCGGCAGCUUGCUGCAUAGGUUUUGCGUCCAUGCCGGAGAGAUCACACAGCUGUUGGUGCCGCCGGAGAGCUGUAGUCCACGGAUCCUGAAGUGCAUAUGUUCGGUGGCCUCGGAUCAUUCGGUUACCCUGGUUUCCCUGCAGGAGCGCAAGUGUGUCACCUUGGCCAGCAGGCAUCUGUUCCCCGUGGUCACCAUAAAGUGGCGUCCGCUGGACGACUUCCUCAUCGUGGGCUGCUCCGAUGGCAGUGUGUACGUGUGGCAGAUGGAAACAGGGCACCUCGAUCGAGUGCUCCAUGGAAUGCUGGCGGAGGAAGUGCUAUCGGCUUGCGACGAGCAGGCAGAGGAUGGCGGUUCAGGCGGCGGCGGUGGUGGAACCAAUGGUGCAUCCGCCAGCGAAAUGGGCAUGGCCAAUCCGGCGGUGCACUUCUUCCGAGGCUUAAAAUCGCGCAACAUGAACGCCAUCCGUCAUGCUACCCAGCGAGGGAUUAAUCAACUCCAGCAGCUUCAGGGUCAUAACCAAGGAAACUUCGAUUUCUUGAUGAAACACCGCAGCAAUCCGCUAGUGAUCCAGGGGCUUCGCACUAAUCCCAAAGAUGCAGAGAGCCACAUCCUCUUCUUUGACAUUGAGGGACUGAUUUUCGAGCUGCACAGCGAGGAGUACGCACAGAUGACACCUGCCACUUUGGAAUCACUGGGUGUCCACCUGCAGAAUCCCAAGGAUGGCAAAUCCAUGCAUCUGGAUGCCAGCAAGAAGAUCGGUGACUUCUUCAGUAAGGUCAAGAACAAGGCGGUGGAUGUGGAGAAGAUCUUAAAGGACAAGGACAAACAUGGACUGGUGCAAAAGUUUAAGGAGAAGACCGAAAUUGUGGAGAAGAAGGUGCAGGCUAAGGUGGAGAGCCUUCAAAAAGCAGUGGAGCCGCACGAGGAGCAGCAGGACCUCAAGAGCAAAAUCGCCUCCAAGAUGGAGGUCACGCACGUGAUGGAGGUUGCCCAGCUGCUGCUCUCGCUGCUUCAUUCCUGGGGUCUCGAUCCGCAUCUGGACAAGAUGUGCGAGACGCGCCUGGGCCUGCUGAGGCCAAUUGUCCCCAUCUCGUAUGGUGUGCUUUCCAAGGCUGGUUACAUGUCUCUGCUGCUGCCCACGUGGCAGAACAACUAUGCCAUACCGCCGGGCAUCCAGCUUCCCUCCAGUUCCAAGAAGCGUCCGCUGCCAGAAGAGCUGCAGCGGUUGGAGCAUCUCACCGCCGUUUUUACAUCACGUCUGCACUGGGAGCUGAGCACCACGCUGACCACUAAUCAUAUUCUCGCCCUGGUGGCCAUGUCCAACACGCUGCUCUCGAUGAGCGCGGCCUCCUUCCUGCCGGACAGCGAGAAGCACAAGAAGCUGCAGCGUCUGGCCCAGCGUACGGACUCCACACUGAGCAACGAGGAGGAGCGCGAGGAGCUUAUGGCCCACCACAUCUCCCAAAUCAAGCACGCCUGGAGUCUGCUGGCCACCCAUCAUUGCUUCCUCCUGCCGGAUAAAAUUGAGGCCCUGGAGCCUAAGAAAUUCAAGCGUCCUCAGGUGGAGAUGAUGGUCAAGCGCUGGCAGCAUCACUGCAUAGAGAUCAGGGAGGCUGCGCAGCAGAUCCUCCUCGGCGAGCUAACCCGGAUGGGCAAGAAGGGCAGAAAGCAACUGGUCGAGAGCUGGGCACAGUACCUUCCACUCUAUACGCACACAGAGCCCAUAGUGGGUGCCCAGCAGCAGUUGGCUCUAAUAAGUCAGCCGGCGGGUGGAGGAGCUGGCUCCGGAUCGGGUGGAAAUGGUGGUGGGGGCGGCGGAGGCUCAGGAGGCGGCGGAACUGGAAGCGGAGCCGGAGCAGGCAACAACGUAUCGGGAGGAGAUGCCCACCAAGAUGAGGACUAUGAGGAGGAGGAGGAGGAGAUUAUACGCAAACCAUCCAGCUUGUCGGAGCUAAAACGCAAGCAAACCACAGCAGUUAUACUUUUAGGUGUCAUAGGAGCUGAAUUCGGCCAGGAUAUAUCCCAGGAGUCGCCAAAUCACCGGGGAAGUAUUAGUCUGGCCACGGGAGCCAAUCUAUCCACUGGCGUGGCCGGUGGAGAGCGGAGAAAGUCCAGUGUGGUAGAGGGCUUCGGCAUAGCCAACAAUCUGGCCCGUCUCACCUCGAUGGCCUUGGCCCAUCUGCUAUACGCCCCACCAUCUCCCAAAUUACCCCAAUACACGCCUUUGCGUCGGGCAGCCAUUGAUCUGUUGGGACGGGGAUUCACCGUCUGGGAGCCGUACCUGGAUGUGUCCAAGGUGCUGCUCGGUCUGUUGGAGAUAUCGUGCGAGGGCAAGGCAGUGCCCAAUCUAAACUACAAACUCCCACUGACCCCGCAAGCGGAUGCCUGCCGGACGGCUAGGCACGCCCUGCGUCUGAUAGCCACCGCCCGGCCGGCGGCGUUCAUCACCACGAUGGCCCGCGAGGUGGCCAGAUACAAUACGAUGCAGCAGAACGCCCAGUCCAUCAACACGCCGCUCACCCAGUCGGUGCUGCACAAGGCCAAGGGAGAGAUUCUGCAGUGUGUGGAGAUGUUGAUCGACAAGAUGCAGUCGGAGAUCGCCGGGCUGCUGGUGGAGGUGAUGGACAUCGCCCUACACUGUGUGGACAGCAACGAGCUGAAGAGCCGCGGCUUGGCGGAGCUGUGUCCGGCCAUCUGCAAGUUCAACCAGAUCUCGCACUGCGCCCAAACGCGCCGCAUCGCCGUGGGCGCGAACAGUGGCAACCUGGCCAUCUACGAGCUACGCCAGAACAAGUGCCAGAUGAUCCCGGCCCACACGCACCCGAUCACCUCGCUGGCCUUCUCGCCAGACGGCAAGUACCUGGUAUCGUAUUCCUGCGCGGAGAAUCGCCUGUCCUUCUGGCAGACCUCCACGGGGAUGUUCGGAUUGGGCCAGUCGCAAACGCGCUGCACGAAGGGCUACUCCACAGCCCCCAUUCCGGAUGUGUCGCGCCUGAAUCCCAUGCGUCUGGCCAAGCUGGUGUGGAUCAACAAUCGCACGGUGACCCUAAUGCUGGCCGAUGGCUCCGAAACGCGGUUCAAUGUGUAGGUUGGCCUAGAAGAAGGCGAUGAUAAAGAGAGUCAGUCCCACGGGAUAAAUAGCAUGUUAUUAGGCAAUCAGCGCGGGCUUCAAAAGCAGCAGCGAGUUGGAGGAGGAUGUGGAUAAUUCGGAGUUGGAGCAGGAGCAGGAGCAGGAGGAGCAGAAACGACAAAACAAUAAUUAUUCAAAAAUAAAACAAACAACAAAAAAACACAGAAACGUCUGGCGUUUCGUUAAAAAUAAUUAAGGCAAAGGAAACAAAGAAAAGCUAAGCAACAUUAGUCAAAACGAAAAACAAAACACAAUUUAGGCAAGCGAAAAAGCUAAGCAAAAUUUAUGCAAACAAAAAUUCACAACACAUUUUGUUAUUUAUUUAUAUACUUACCCUAUAUAUCUGUAUCUGUAUCUGUAUGUAUUUUAAUGUAUUACACGAUUUUAAUAUGCCCUUUAUUCCCGCUUCUUGCUACGUCCAUUUUAUUUUUUAGUGCUAAACUUUUACCCCUACUCUUUAAACACGUGUUUCUGUUUAUUGUUAGUUUCCAAUGCGGAAAAAACCGAAACAAAAACUAAAUCCAAAUAUUAACAAAGUAAACAACAAUUAACCAGAUGCAAGCAAACAACCACACGAGAAACAACAAAGGAAAUGAGAAAAAAACGAUAAAAAACAAAGAAUGAAAAGCUGUUAUUAUUAUUACACAACUAUUAUUAUUACUAUUGUAUGCUACUAUUAUUAUUAUUGAUAUUUGUUAUGCCUAAUGUAUUGUUAUAUAUAUAUAUCUAAAAUAAACCUAAACAAAUGUAUUGAGCAAAGUUACGAAACGAAAACAAAUCAAACAAAACAAGAAGAAAAACGAACAUUUAAUAACUAGAAAGAGCGAAAAGUUUUUUUUUUAACAUUAACAUUAUAAUUAUUGUAAUUCCCAUAUAUCUUCUUCUUUCGAUGUAAUAUUUCUGCUAAAGCGUGUGUAAAAAGUUUUUGUUGUUUUGUGAAAAUUGAAAAUUGUAUAGGAAAAUCUGUUUAUAAAAUACAACCCACAAUACACACAACACACACACACAUAUAAUUUAUUUGCGGCGUUAAUGUGCAUCGAGCGAAUAACGGUACUCGGGGGCCUGAGAAGUAUACUGUCAAACCCAGAAAUGCCCACAGGUGUACGGGAAAAGAACUAUUUAUCCUAACUAAACAUAUAUACUUACAUAUAUAUACCCAACUGAAUUUGCAAUAUGUGUUCGUUUACGUAUUCAAUACAACACAAGCAAACACACGUGUACUAUGUGAGAGAGUUAAUUGAAUUUGUGCUUAAUUUCAAUUACGAAUUAAAUAUAUAUAUAUUUACAAGCAUAUAUAUGUGAAGAUACAUGCAUACUUAUAUACGAGAUCCUUCAAUCAAAGUAUUACACAAACAAAACGAAACGAAGCAACUACAACAAUUAUGUACGGAGUAUACAACAAAUAAAGUCAACCAAACAUGAGCAAA